CGUCUCUAUAUUUGCUAGUUCAUUUUACAGAGAAAGAGAGUAAAAGAUAUACAGUAGAGUUUUCGUUCUUCUUGUUUUAUUUCCUGAUUUGGGUUUUUGCCAUGGCUGGUUCUGCGGCAGCCAGUGAUCAGAGUCUGAGAGUAUCGGUUGAAGUUGAAAGAGAUAGAAAUAGAGUUGAGAUGAUUUUGCUUCGGAAUCCUAAGGGGGCUACUGUUGAGGUUAGUUGCUAUGGAGGGCAGGUUACAUCAUGGAAGACAGAGUGUGAGGAAGAACUGUUGUUCACGGGUAGUAAGGCUGUCUACAAGCCUCCACCACAUGCAGUGCGAGGAGGAAUUCCCCUAUGUUUCCUGCUGUUUGGCAACCAAGAAACACUGGAGAAACGUCGAUUUGCCAUGGGCGGGCUUUGGACCAUUGAUCGUGAUCCACCACCAUUGCCAGAAAGUGACAUGACCCAUGUUGACUUGCUACUUAAUCCAUGUUCAGUUGAUCUCAAGAUCUGGCCACACAACAAGCCAUUCACUUUCACAUUUGCGUAUCUCAUGUAUUUGGCUGUCUCUGAUAUUGGUGAAGUGAGAGUAGAGGGAUUGGAAACUUGUGACUAUCUUGACAACCUUAAAGAAGGGGUGCGCUCAACCGAACAAGGAAUUUCCUUGUCAUUUGAUUCUGAGGUGGAUAGGGUCUAUGUAGAAGCAGAAGGUGUCAUUGAAGUGUUAGAUCAUGAAAAGAGACGACCUUGAAAAUAAAUAGAGAAGGACUUCCACAUGUUGGUAAGCUUUCUGCCUCUCAAAUGCAAUCUAAAGCAACAUCAUAUCAUAAAUGGUGUCACUCUCAUCCUCCUCAAAGAUUCAUUAAGCUUUAUAAUUAGAAGAGGAGAAUCCUAAAUUCCUAAUAAUAAAUAGUUGUUAUCUGU